GAUACAUCACUCAAAUAUCUAUUAGACUCAAAAAAUAUGUUUGAAGUAGAAUAUUCUACGAUCUCUCCUAAUCACAAUCACUGUGCUGUUACUGUCGUAGGUCGUACCCAGAGUUCACAGAAAAAGAUUGUGGACGCAGAUGACGGCAUCUAGUUUUAUUGGUGGAUCCCACUAAACUUGGCAACAUUGGUGCUGCGCAAGGAGUUCUAAAGAUGGCUGACACUUGUUGGUCUUGAAAUUAGCGAACGUCUCGAUAGGAUUUUCAGUGACAUUCAUUCCGAUUUAUAGUGUUAUUUUCACAGAGGUGUAAGUGGCGUGUUCGAAUUUCCUUUUGAUAUCACCGAACAGAUUUGCGCAGUGAUGUUUUUUGGUGUUAUUGUGAAAAAUGAGUGUUGCUGCCGUGGACAGUCAUUAUUUACAUUCGUCCUAUGGUGUAAAUAUUGGAUUAUUUUAGACCGUAAUGGAUAAUAGCAGCGCAUCGUUCCAAGCAAGCCCCGCCCAGUCUCCGAUCGCGAGUCCGUUGCCAUCCUCCACCACGCCCACCGGUUCUCCGUCCAGAAUGGCCGGGGGCGGUUCGGUACCGCGUCGCCUCUCCUCCGCCGCCGGGAGUCGCCCCUCCUCCCUAUCGCCGCAGCCAAUGGGAGGCUCUGGUGGGCCUGGAGGGGUAGGGGGCGGUGACCCGUCAUCGCAGCCGCCCCCAGUCUCCGCUCACAUCGUGCAGGUGGUCGUCAAUAAGGAUGAGCAGGGGUACGGCAUGAAAGUGUCUGGGGAUAAUCCCGUGUUCGUGAAUAGCGUUAAGGAAGGUGGUCCAGCGGAACGAGCAGGUCUGCAUGCCGGUGAUAAGAUAAUAAAGGUUAAUGGGGUGAACGUGAUGCAAUCGACGCACACCCAGGUUGUUGCCCUUAUUAAAUCGUCUUCCCAAGUGCUGUUAACUGUUCAACAGCGUUCAAGUGCACUUAGAAACGUUGCGUCGCCUAACGUUCACAAUAGACCCGUAACGACUCCAACGUCUUCUUCCAGGAUCACGGGACCACAACCUGUUGAUAACGAAAAACAGUAUCAACUGCAGCUUGAAAAAGAACAAUACUACAGGCUUAUGAUAGAAAAGGAACAGAAUUACAUAGAUUUAUUGCGCAGCCAAAUAGCUUCUUCGCCUGACGACAAAAAGUGCCAGGAACUGGCUAAGACUGAAAAGAAUCUGCAGACUUUGCAGACCAUGCUUUCUCGGAGCCAGAAUGAGCAGCUGUCUCCGUCGUCCCCGACCGCACACCUCCGUUUCCUCUCUUCCGCUUCCCGUUCCCCCAUCCACAAGCAGCACCAUCACAUGACCCCUAUGCGCCGUUGCACCUCCCCCGACAUGGUGGGGGAAAUUCCGCCUCCAUUGCCCAAGCGUAACCACCAUCCACGGCACCUAACCGAUACUAACCCGAAGCCACGCCCACCCAAUGGAGAAAUACCGCCUCCGCUGCCUCCGAGGGGGCGUGUUACGCCUUCUUCGACCACGCCCACCGAUCCGGACGCAGUCAACUCCAUCAGCAAGCAGAUGGCAUAUCCGCUGGUCGCCACUUGCGCCACGCUGAUCAACGAUGGUUUUCCCAACCCUACGCACCACCGCACCAAAUCCAGUCCAGAGUCGCUCCGUUCCGCCAUGACGUCAGCAAAGGCAAAUAAGCGGAAGAUGUCAGAGAGCCUUAACGACCUGACAUCUGCUCAGGAGGCGUGGGAGGCAACAGUAGGUGGGAUAGGACCGCCCCCUCCAAACGAAACUCCUCCGGGGACGCCGCCUCCCCCGUAUCCUAGCCCCACCCCGCAAGAGAGGAGGAAUAGAAACCUAGAGGAGGGUUUUGUCGAUAUGCCAGACAUGUCUGGUAUACGAGGCAGUGGUUCUGCUAGGAUUUUAGCAAAUAGCAUGCCUAUACACGCCGCUACACCUCAAACUAGCCAACAACCUAUUAUGAGCAUGGAGGAUGACGAAAUCUCUGAUCAGGAAGUCACUCAGCUGGAGGACCACGGCCAUUUCAAGUCUUUAUCAAAGCUUUGGGAGCAUCUACCGCAUUUAGCUGUGUUCACUAACUACAUUCUAUCGAAUUCGGAUCCGAACAGCUUACUGUUUUACCUUAUAACCGACCUCUACAAAGAGGGAAAUGCCAAAGAAAUGAGGAAGUGGGCCUUCGAGAUACAUUCUAGUUUUCUGGUGCCUGGAGCACCACUACGCCUGAGCAAUGUAGACGAAAACAUCCUACGAGAAAUCGAUGAAGUUCUGACCAACGAAUACGAUAAAGAAGAAAUAUUACGGAAGGUCUUCUGGAAAGCUCGCUUAAGGGCCAAAGAGGAUCUCACCAGGCUAUUAGUAGAUUUCCAGCAAAAAAGAACGGCUGGCCUAGGGACGAUUUUUGGCCCGCCCGAUCAAGUCCUUGCAGAAAUAUACAACGACAAAGUGAAAGAAAAGGAAUUGUACGAAAGUCUGUUUUUGGAAAAACUAGUGCCUUAUUUAGAUGAAGUAGAUAAAGAUAGUUACGAUUCGAAGAAAUAUUACACGGCAGCAGCGCUCACCACUGUGCUGACUAGGAUAUUCCAGGUUCAUCCUAUUAAUCUUACUUUGGAAAAGUGCCCGACGUUUGUUACGAAAGAGAAGUCUUUCAGGACCAAAUUCAUCGGAAAAUACCUGAAAAGGUCAAGUGUUUUAGGCCACCAGUUCAUAGCACAACAAUACUACACAGUAGUCUAUUGUACGAAUUGCCAUCAAAUUUUGUACGGGAUCCGGCCACAAGGAUACCAGUGUUCAGUCUGCCUCAUAAAUCUCCACCGACAUUGCGUGAAAUUGUUUGAGGACAGUUGUCCUGGGCCGAUCACGAAAAAGGACAGAGGCAUUAUGAAAUUGAUUGGGAUGCGUCACGACAGCAACGAACACAACCGGAUCAGGAAGAGCUCGCAGUUCUUACAGAUGGAAAGGGAAAGACGUCAGAUGGAGGAACAGCGGGAUAGCAGUUUCGAUCUUAGCGAAAGUGGUAUAAUUUUAAGUGAUAUCUCAACCAACAAAACCUGUUAACUCUUUGAGGUAUGGAAAUAUUGACUAAAAAAUGCUCUAGCGG